AUGUUGACUGUGGCAUAUGGAGAAGCUACCUUGAGCCGAAGCAACGUUUUUCUGUGGUACAAAAUGUUCUCAGACGGCCUAGAAGAUGUGGACGACGAAGAGCGUGCAGGACUCCCGAGAACGUCAACAACAGACGAAAACAUUGAUGAAGUGAAGAAAAUAGUAUUGGUCAAUCGUCGAAUCACCGUUAGAGAAGUUGCUGAGGACCUGAACAUAUCGAUUAACUCCUGCCAUUCAAUUUUUACGAAUGAUUUGGGCAUGAGACGAGUCGCC